AUGGCGUCAUGGUCAUCAUUCAUGCAGAAGGCACAAUCACUGAUUGACCCGGCCAAUUUCAAUAUCCCCUCCCUCUCAUCAUCCGACGAUAGUCCCUCGAAAGCCUCCCUCUUCCGUCAACAAUUCCGCCUCCCCGAUUCGCAGACCCCCCUACAAGAAAUCACAGCCGACCUCGUCCUCCCACUACCAAACUCUUCUUCGGGAUCUGGAGAGGCCUCUCGUCGCGUUGAUAAAGCUGGGAAUCGGUACACGGGGCGUCUCCACCUCAGUGAACGAUUUAUUUGUUUCUCUACACAACCCACUAGCUUCCUGCCUUCGUCUACACACAGUGCAUCUACUAGCUGGACUGGUCAAACGCAUGGAACUGGACCCUCGGGGAAUGGCUUCACAUUACCCCUAUCAUGUGUUCGUCGAGUUGAACGACUGCAUAGCGCUAGCCAUGUUUUCUCCUUGGCGUUGACGACAUGGAAUGGGUUGUUGAAUAAGCAACAGGAGCCUAAUCUCGUGCCUCAACGUCUUAUUCUCCAACUUGUCGGUAGCAGGCAGGCCUGCGAGCGGUUCUGUGACUGUUUAAAGAAAGGUCUACGGGAGGGUAUGAAGGAAGUUGACAGUCUACGGUCAGUGGUGACAGAUUGUUACUCGGAAUACCUGCUGUCGGGUGCGAAGAUCACCGCGAAAGAGGAGAGUGAUCCUAAUGGUCGCCAGCCCCCCAAUGCUGGACUGGGUAUGCUCUUCCGAUAUCCUGGCGAUGCGCGCAAGCUUCGAGACCGUAGUAAGAUGAGACUUUGGGGUGAAUAUUUCAGAGAGAACGGCCGUAACACAACGCUCGUACGCCAGCCAACGUUUCACAAAUUGAUCCGGGUCGGUUUACCUAAUCGCCUCCGUGGAGAGAUUUGGGAGCUCACGUCUGGAUCUAUGUUUCUUCGUGUUCGGUCGCCAAAUCUUUACACAGAGACAUUGGCUAAAUUUGAAGGACAAGAGUCCCUGGCCAUUGAUGAAAUUGAGAAAGACUUGAACAGGAGUUUGCCUGAAUACCCCGGAUUUCAAAGUGAGGAGGGCAUUGGUCGUUUACGACGAGUUCUCACAGCAUAUAGUUGGACCAAUGCGGAGAUUGGUUACUGUCAAGCAAUGAACAUUGUCGUGGCUGCAUUGUUGAUAUACACCUCUGAGGCGCAGGCCUUUUUCCUUCUCUCGGUGCUUUGCGAUCGCCUUCUGCCAGGCUACUACUCCACCACUAUGUACGGCACUUUACUUGACCAAAAAGUAUUUGAGUCCCUGGUGGAGAAGACAAUGCCUGUUCUUUGGGAACAUCUCGCGAAAUUCGAUGUACAGCUCUCGGUUGUCUCUUUGCCAUGGUUCCUUUCUUUGUAUAUCAACUCCAUGCCUCUUGUCUUUGCCUUUCGCGUGUUGGAUGUUUUCUUCUUAGAGGGUCCCAAGGUUCUGUUUCAAGUUGGUUUGGCUAUUUUGCGAAUCAAUGGCGAAGAACUCUUAGAGAUACAAGAUGACGGCUCUUUCAUCUCUGUGCUCAAAUCCUAUUUCUCGCGAUUGGAUGAAUCCGCCCACCCCAGGUCUGAGAAUCCCAAGCUCCGGGCUAUUACAAGAUUCCAAGAGUUGAUGGUCGUGGCCUUCAAGGAGUUCUCAGGGAUCACACACAGCACUAUCACCGAGACUCGUGAUAAACACAAGGAUGCUGUGUUAGAAAACAUUGAGAACUUCGCAAAGCGCACUUCUAUUCGCAACCUUGGGCCUGAAAGCAAGCGUCUUAGCGUUGACGAUCUUGGCACCAUUUACGAUCGCUUCUAUGAAACAUUAUACCACUGGCAACAGCACCAGAAGCUUCUGGAAGAAGAACAAAGACUGAAACAAAAGAAGAAGUCGGAGCGAUUCUCCAUUCUUGGACCACCUGCCGAUACAGAAAUGGGCCGUGUUGGCUUAGGACCUAGCCCUACCAAUAUGGACUACGAUGCUUUCCGCGAGUUCUUGGCUGCUACCUCUAAAUGGGCUGUUUCUGACACUCCCGCAUCGACGAGAAAGGACUCUCAAGUUUAUGGCAGUCUCAAGGGAAACAAGUCAUUACUCUGGGCUAAUCGACGCCAGCCUGCGGAUCAUGAGUUCAUGCAACGCCUGUAUCGCAAGUGGGCCACCGACCCCGAGGAGGGGUUGGGUCUUCAGCACGUUGUCAAUGGUCUUGCGCGUCUCAAAGGAUCGCCAGAUAUCAUGAAUAACAUCAACUAUUUUUUCAAUCUCUACGAUGAUAGUGGGAAUGGUCAAGUUGAUCGUGAAGGAAUAUUGAAAAUAUCAGAGGCAUUGCUAUUCCUGUCUCGCCGCGGUUUCGAGGGAACAAUCACAGCUACACAGUCUCUGGAAGACCUUCAGAGUCCCCGUGAGCGAGACCAUGCGGAUAAGAGCAGUCUCACCACAGACGAGAGAUUCCUCGGUAGUGUAAGCGCAUUCAUUCGCCGCUGCUUCGAAUAUGCCGACCCAAGUCAUCCCGAAAAUCAGAAAGCUGCAGCUCAGAACGACGCGACCGCUGAAGCCACUGAGAAACUUGACUCCUUCACCAUAGGUGACGACGAAGAAAACCUGAUUGAUGUCGAUGGUGAAUCCGGAUCUAAAAAGCCCGCAACUCCCAAGACGCCGCAGUCCGAGAGCAGCGGCCGGGAGCGACCACAAUCUGAAUCUGCCAAUCCAGCUCUGGACCCUAACAAUCCCCUUCACAUCACCCUUCCAACCUUCCGCAUGGUGGUCCUCGCCGACGAGCUUCUCGAACAAUUUUUUGAAUCCUACUUCCCCCAAUCCUUCCAUCUAUCCGACCACCCCCACCCAGCUUCCCUAGCAGCAUCAUCAUCCCUUUCAUCCAAUCUCACCACAUUCUCCAACAUCGGCAGCGGUCGCUCUUCCCAAAUUUCCGCUACAGCAGGCGCACCCGUCGCCGGCGCGUCUGGCGGAAUCGUACCGCCUGGCAAAGGUCUUCGCGGUGUGCUCGAUAACAUCGUCACAGAUGGUAUCCGCAUGGCAGCCGAAGUUAAGAAGCGAAUGGACGACGCACAGCGUGACCUUGAACGCAGCGCUCUCAACCGCGAUGAUGAAGACGACGAAGAAGAUGACGAAGAUUACGCCCAUCGCGGAAGUGUAUCCACUGCUGCGAUGGUAGGCGGUAUUCCCAGCUGGGGUGCUGGGGCGUACGGGGCAGACCCCGAGCGCCGCAGUGUCCGUGAAGCGGACCGUGACCUUCUCGAAGAAGCCGAAGUGGAAGCCUCCUCUCUUCUUGAUGGGAAAACCCACAAUAAUACCGAAGCCAAUAAGCAGCCUGGUCAUUCUGCUUCGCCUACUUCGUCAGCGAACCAUGAUCCAGAAGUGGUUAGUAAAGUUGUGGAGUUUGAAUCAUGA